AGCCACUGUUUUCUUGUAUGGGGGUUUUUGAAAAAAAAGAAUAAAAGAGAAUUUUAGAGAGAGAGGGAAAGUAGAGAGAGAAAGAGAGGGAAUCGAAAAGUGUUUUUCGUGAAUUGAAUUCCAAUUGAUCGAUCUUCUUGCAUUUGCUGGAAAUCUAUGAUCUUGGGGUGUUUCUUUUCUUCUUCUUCUUCGGAAUUGCAUUUUUUUUUCGACGGAAGCUGGUAACGGAAUUUAGAUAGAACUUGAACCAGAAUUCGAUCUCCAAGAGUGAGGAGGAUCUGGAUGGUGAGGCUUCUUCGUGUUUGAUGAGUUUUUUCAGCGACGUAUGUCUAAGCUAUGGUGUUUAAGAAGAGGUUAGAUGAUGGAUUUAAUGGAUUCCAGGUCCCUGCUAUACCUAGAGGUCCCAGAUCUGUUCGAAGGAGGGGUCUGUGUAAGAAGACAGUUGAGGAUAGUCAAAUCUGUGCAUUUGAAUUACUGGCUUCUAUAGCUGGCAAGUUAUUGCAGGAAAGCGAAAGUUCUGCUUCUAGUAAUGCAUCUGAAGGAAAUGAUCAGCCUUCCACUAGCAAAUAUGUUAAACGGGAACAACAAGAUGAGGAUAAACCAUUCGUGGCACGGUGGAAAAAUCAGGGAAGUUGUGGAGACAGUUCUUUGGCCUCUGAGCUGGCCUCACAAAACAUCAAUCUUAAGUGUAUUCUGAAGGAACUUUCACAUGCUGAAAGUGAUGAUGUUUUGGAACGCAAUUCAAUCAUUAAUAACUCUGACUGCUCACAGAAAGUCAGUGGGGAUUUGAAGUCUGCAAUUUGCAAAAGCAAGACUGAUUUUGGAAACUAUUCUAGUAAAGUGGAGGGAGACUCCCCUCAUUUUGGGGAGUCUUGUGAUGCUAAUGUAAGGAAUGAAAUUCAAAGACAACAAGAGGUUGAGGGGUUGAAAACUGAAGGUGCUAUUGCAUUUAAUUCAAAGGAGCCAAUGGAGUCGUGUCUAAAAUCUCCUGCAGCAAUUGACUCUGACAGUAAUGUCAAGUUGCCAUUGCGCCAGGACCCUGUUCCUGAUGCUUGUUUUUCCAGGCAUAGGAAUGAUAUUAUGUUAGGUAGUAGAGAUGAUGACGAAAAUUUAUCUAGGUGCUUUAAACCUAGCACCAAAAUAAAGGCUUCUAGGCCUCCACCACGAAUUGCAGACCGAAGAAUAAGGAAGUUGCUUAAUUCCAAAUACUGGAAAGUAGCUCCAAAACUGAAGGAUUGUGAACUUUCUAGAUCUGAUGGGGGGUUAAAACCUCUUUAUCGCAAGAGAAAAAUCUUUUGCAACCGUGAAAGAGGUCAGCGUGACAUUCUCUUUAAGAGGAGGAAAAUGUUUGACCAAAGCUCAGUAGUGAUUUCUGAUGGUGGGUUCAGUAGUGAAAGUGUUUCUAAUUCACCCGAGAAAGGAAUGACUGAAGCAAAUAGGGUAUCAUCUUCGGUUAUGGGUCAUCAAGCAUCCUUCCACUCCAAGGAUUCUCUCGUUAAGUUAAGCAUUAAGUCCUUCAGGGUACCAGAGCUUUAUAUUGAUGUCCCAGAAACUGCCACUGUUGGUUCAUUGAAGAGGACCGUUAUGGAAGCUGUAACUGCUAUACUUGGAGGUGAAUUACAUGUUGGGAUUCUUCUUCAAGGGAAGAAGGUUAGAGAUGAUAACAGAACUCUAUUGCAGACAGGAAUUUCUUGUAAAGACAAUCUGGAUUCCCUUGGUUUCACAUUGGAGCCCAGUAUAGUGCAAACUCCUCCACCUAUGUGCUCUAAUGAUCUCCCUCCUCUGUUAACAUGUGACUCAUCUCAACUUUUAACCAGCUCCCAAGGAAAUCCAGUUUUAGAAUCGGGGAUCUCUGAUCCCUUAACUGACCCUCCUCCACUGAGCAAUUCGGGCAACCACAUUGAGAGUAAUUAUGAUACAGUUUCCUCGCAUAUUGACACAAUUGACAAAACAACGCCAGAUUCCAAAGCGCUAGUUGCUCUUCCAGCAAUGAGCAUGGAGGCACUGGCUGUGGCUCCCUUGAACCAAAAAACAAGGCAUUCUGAACUUGUACAGCGUCGAACCAGGAGGCCAUUCUCUGUGUCAGAAGUAGAAGCAUUGGUGCAUGCAGUUGAGGAACUUGGGACUGGGAGGUGGCGUGAUGUUAAAUUGCGGGCUUUUGAGAAUGCAGACCAUCGAACUUAUGUGGAUUUGAAGGACAAAUGGAAAACAUUGGUUCACACAGCAAGAAUUGCCCCCCAACAAAGAAGGGGAGAGCCUGUCCCCCAAGAGCUCUUGGACCGAGUCUUGGCUGCUCAUGCUUACUGGUCUCUACAUCCAGCCAAGCAACAUGGAAAGCAUCAGGCUGGAACCCUGAAGAUCAUGUAG